AUGACCGAUCAGUCGGCGGACUCGGCCAUUGAUGACUUCGGCUUCACGCAACGCGAUCACCGGCACAUUGUGCACAAAAUUGAUCGACGACUCAUCACUGGUCUGGGAUUGCUGUUUGGAGUCAGUUUGGUUGACCGGACCAAUCUGGGAAAUGCGUCAAUCGCUGGUAUGCAAAAGGAUCUUCACUUGGAAAUCGGGUCACGAUAUUCACUCGUCGUCCUCAUCUUCUUCAUUCCUUAUGUCAUCUUUCAGCUGCCGGGCUCGAUAAUCGUCCGUAGACUGGGUCCUAAAGCCUUCCUUGGAGGGAUCACGUUUCUGUGGGGCGUUGUGAUGAUGUGUUUCGGGUUUAUCCACAACUGGAAGGUGAUGCUCGGGCUGCGUGUCAUUCUGGGAACGUUUGAGGCAGGCCUUUUCCCCGGUGCAGUUUACCUACUUUCGCUAUGGUAUACUCGGUAUGAUGUCCACAAACGCUACUCCUCUUUCUAUCUCAUAAGUACUGUUGGAGCUUCCCUCACGGGCAUCCUCGCCUACGGCAUCUCACAAAUGGGUGGACUGGGUGGCCUGCAAGCCUGGCAAUGGAUAUUUGUUAUCGAAGGUCUUCUCACAUGCGUUAUCGCUGUCAUCGGAUACAUGCUCCUGGUGAACUUCCCCCAAGAUGCACACAAAGCACGCCAUUUCCUAUCGCAGCGAGAAAUCGAGUUUGUUCUUCAUCAAAUUGACCUAGAUCGCCGUGAUGCGAAAGAAGAAGCUUUCACAUGGUCUGCAUUUCUCAGGCCUGCGCUGGACUGGAAAAUCUGGGGCUUUGCAUUGAUUUUCAUGUGUAGCACUGUCAUCGCUUACUCUUUGGCUUUCUUCAUGCCAAUCAUUCUGUCCAGUAGGCUCGGUUUUAGUGUUGGCGAAUCGCAGGCCCUCAGCACCCCGCCAUACUUCUUUGCGGGUAUCCUGAUGUAUACCGAAGGCUGGUUGGGCGACAAAUGGCGGAUCCGCAGCCCUCUCAUCGUCUACAAUUCCCUACAGACCAUCGUCGGCCUGUGUCUACUGGAAUGGAUAACUUCACCUGGGGUACAAUACUUUGGUGUCUUCCUCGUUACAGCUGGCUGCAAUGCCACCGUUCCCGCCGUCCUUUCGUGGCAGGCAAAUAACAUCCGAGGCCAGUGGAAGCGAGCCUUUUGCAGUGCUAGUCUGAUCACUUCAGGCGGUGUAGGAGGUAUUGUUGGAGCGCUUGUUUUUCGGUCUCAGGAUGCGCCCAAGUAUAUUCCUGGGAUCAUUGCGUCACUUGCAUGCAAUGGUGUCAUUCUUGCUGUCACCGGGAUUCUUGCAAUUUAUAUGCACUCUGCUAAUCGGAAGGCUAAGCAGGGUCGCCUGGAAAUUGAAGGACUGCAAGGGUUCUACUAUACGCUGUGA